AAAGGCAGAACUGUAUUAGAAUUAAUUUUUAGCUACUGUUAUUUCAGAGUACGAUAAAUAUUCUUAAAAAUAUUAACUAACAGUUCAACAAGACGAACGAGUGAAAGCAGCUCGCAAUACUUUUUAUAGACUUUUAUCAAAUUAUUUUAUCUCAAAUCAUGGAUAAUAAACAAUUGCCCACUUCAUCAGGCAAUGGACGGACUCUAUGUGCUAAUUGUUUUUUGUUUGAAAAUUGUUCAUGUAUAGAUGAGCAGAACAAAACGAUGUGUAUGGCAUGGAUGACGAGACAAAUGGAAGAAUUUAAGCAAGGAAAUACUGAGAUUGAUAAAAAAUUGUGUGAAAUUAGUAUUAACAUAAACAAAUGGAAAAAAUAUCAGCAAAAUACUGCUGCGCUUAAGCAAAAUAUAGUAGACCUUAAUAAAAAACUGAGUGAAAUGAGUAUUAGCGACAAAGAAAGUAAGCAAAAACUUGCUGCGCUUGAAAAACAACUGAACGCCCAAACACAAAUGCUAUUGGAUUUGAAGAAUAAGGAUAGGCGUAGAAAGCAGCAACGUCAUUCCCAGCAGGAACUGGCCGUAAAUGCCGCAGAAGUGUCAAAGACGAGCAAUGCAAAUUGUGCAACAAUCGCUCAUGGUGAUCGCAUUGACAACGACGGACGUCUAGAAAUAGGAAAGGCUUUUCAGGGAAAUAAUCUAGACUUACUUUGCUCCGUAGUUGCCAGAGACAUGGCGAUAUUUUUUCCGGACGAACAGAAACGGAAAGCAAGUGUUAUGGAAUAUGAGAGUUGUAUAGAGCAAAAUGGUUCCCAGGAGCACGUAGGAGUUCAACCACAUUCAAAAAGGGCAGUCGCUACAAAACGGCAAUAACACAAAUGACAAAGUGACGUACAUAUCGAUUGGUCCUAACAAAACUCUCGUACCACAAAAAUAUUACGAAUCAAUUGAUUUUACUAAUGCUUCACUGGCAACUCAAAAACUAUUCGUGAUCUGUUUUGAUCGUGAAAUAUUAGCUACGCACUCUUUGAGCGGAAAGAGAUCGCCAGUUUUUAAAGACAAACCAUUUAAAGAAGCGCUAGAUCCCCUAAUAUUAGACGAUAUUAUAUUUGCGGUCACAAUUAGGAGUGGAGUGUCUGAAGAGGAAGUUCGUAAUACUAUCGCCGCAGUUUGCGCCGAACAGAAAAAUUUGUGGGAAGAAGAAAAUAAGGGAAAUUUGGACUAAAAGAUAGUGAAAUAGAUACCAAAAACGAAAGAAAAACUAUCAAAAGUUAAAAUUAUAUAUUUUAAAAUACAAGUAACUGUAAUUAAAGUAUAAUAAAGAUUACUGUACGAGGAACAUUA